AUGAGCGAUUCACCUAUCAACGAACCCUUCAUUCCCCCAAGUCCUUUGAAUUUCCUCCCAAAAAAUGAGCCACCCCGUCUACCAACACCAGAGAUGCAAGUGUUUUCUCCGCCUCACGAUGCAAGUCUAACGAUCUACUGGCGGAACCCUCGAGGAUGGCAGCUCCCUGGAUCUCCUUGGAUGCGAGCGCACCUGUUUCAUCCCCACAUGCCCUUCGUGCCUCUGGAACCUGCCCCAAUGUUCUACAUCCAUCGCCACUUGUGUCAGAACUUCGCCAAUCCAGACGCCGGACCAGAACUUCUGUGGGAUCUCAUUCAUGAACCAGACUUCGCGCGUAUUCGAGACCCGAAGCAUUUCAAAAGAUGGAUCAAACCCGACUUUGACGCGGAAGCCCUUCAGCCUAGUGUCAAGAAAGUAUGGGUGUUCUCUGAUCACCCUGUCCUCGCAUACUGGAUGACACGUUGGGGUCAUAUAACCAUCGAGUCAGACAAAGUGACCGUGCGAGACGUCCUUCAGGCCAUCUCGGACUAUCUGCAUAUGCCCCUCACCAAAGAGGACAUUCACGACGUCAGCGCCGUUCCCGGAAAUCGAGAACAUCUCCGUUUCGCGCGCGCACAACGAGCAAAGGAUUCGUACGAAGUUGAAUCAGUCGUUCUUUCUUCAGGGUACAAACGAAUUGACGUCCUAGGCGGGCAUAGGAGGUUCAAAGGCAUCCACAUUCUGAUCUUCCCAGACGAAACGUGGCGCAUGUACGUGGGACUACUUCCGGGACCCGUGCCGCGCGUCUGCUGA